AUGGCGACAGGGCAAGCGGCAAGGAGCGUGCUCGCUUCCUCGAGGAGUGCUCGACCUGUAGCUCUCAGCCAAACGGGCAGCAUCAGACAUGCCACCUCCCUCGGCAUCAACGUCCCCAAGAUCACAGCGAGGGCCCCGACAAAAUAUGGAGGUGUCUACACGGUGACGCUCAUUCCUGGCGACGGAGUCGGCAAAGAGAUCACGAGCUCGGUCAAGGAGAUCUUCGAGCACGCCAACGUGCCCGUCGAGUUUGAGGAGUUCAAGAUCUCCGGCGAGACCUCGGCAGACCAGGCAGAGUUCAAAAAGAGUAUGGACUCGCUCAAGCGCAACAAGGUCGGCCUCAAAGGCGUGCUAUAUACGCCCGUCGAACGAUCGGGGCACACCUCCUGGAACGUCGCCAUGCGCCAACAACUCGACAUCUACGCCUCUGUCUCGCUCUGCAAGUCUGUCCCAGGAUACCCGACCCGACACAAGGACGUCGACUUUGCCAUCAUCCGCGAGAACACAGAGGGCGAAUAUGCUGGCCUGGAACACUCUGCCUAUCCCGGCGUUGUCGAGUCGCUCAAGAUCAUGACACGAGCGAAAUCUGAGCGCAUCGCCAAGUUUGCCUUCGACUUUGCGCUCAAGAACGGCCGCAAGCAUGUCACUUGCGUCCACAAGGCCAACAUCAUGAAGCUCGGCGACGGCCUCUUCCUCAAUACCUGCCGCAAGGUCGCCGAAGAGUACAAGGAAUCUGGCAUCACCUUUAACGAUAUGAUCGUGGACAAUACCUCCAUGCAGCUCGUCGCGCGGCCUCAACAAUUCGAUGUCAUGGUCAUGCCGAACUUGUACGGGUCCAUCAUCUCCAACAUUGGCGCAGGUCUCGUGGGCGGACCGGGCAUCGUGCCAGGCGCCAACAUUGGGAGAGAAUUUGCUCUCUUCGAGCCCGGCUGCCGUCACGUUGCGAAGGAUAUCAUGGGUAAGGACUCUGCCAAUCCAGUGGCGAUGAUCCUGUCGGCCUCGAUGAUGCUCCGUCAUCUCGGCUUAGACCACCACGCCAAUCAGAUUGCCAACUCGGUCUACAAGGUCAUCUCGGACGGGCGAACGAGAACGCCGGACAUGGGCGGCAAGAACUCGACGUCUGAUCUCACGUUUGCUGUCAUCAAGCAGCUAUAG